GUUCACUUCUAUAUUCUAUUUCAAAAAAUAGACGUCAUUAAAUCGAGUUGGUUUAUAAUUUCUAUUUUACGUAAAUCUAUUGCAAAUAUAAUAGGCGAAGUAUCCAAUUGUUGACCAAGGCUUUAAUUCCGUAACGAUAAUAUCCAUUAAAUUAAGAGAAAUUAUGGGGCAAAGGUGACAUCAAUCUCGGCAGCCAUACACAUUUGGUUUUAACAAGAAAUUCUUCACAACUAUUCAGAUAUGGUAUUAGGAUUCCUAUCUCGCUUUCAUCCCUUAUGUUCCUGCACGCCUUUUGUCCAUGUUCUACAAUUUAUGCGCCUGCACCGGUGUGACGGUUGCCUCGCGGCUUGCCGACCGGACCGCCGCGUCGCGCGCAAUAAGCAUAUUAUUACCAGAAGUAAUCACUUGAAGCGAGCGAGACGGGUGCCGUACACCCCUCUCAAAGAGAACCACGUGAUGGCAAACAUGCCCACACUCCCGACACCGCCCGACACCGAUGCGCCUCCCAUGCCCUGGUUCGGUAUGGACAUUGGUGGGACGCUCACGAAAUUGGUGUACUUCGAGCCCAGGGAGACGAACCGGCGGGAGAUAGACAAGGAGACGGAAAUAUUGAAGAAUAUACGGCGGUACCUCACCAGGAACUCGGCGUAUGGCAAGACUGGCAGGAGGGAUGUGCACUUACAGAUGGACAACGUGACAAUCCGCGGCCGCCGUGGCACGCUCCACUUCAUCAGGUUCCCCACGAGCGAGGUCGGCUCGUUCCUGCAACUCGCUCGCUCCAAGGGAAUGGCCACUCUCCUCAACACCAUAUACGCCACUGGUGGUGGCGCUUACAAGUUUGAGGAGGACUUCAUUAAGGAAGUGAACAUGAGACUGUCAAAAUUGGACGAAUUAGACGCGUUGAUAACGGGCGUUCAAUUUAUCGACUCGAUGAACCCGCACGAGUGUUAUUACUGGGAACCGAACCCGGACAGCGCGACUGACAAUGACUCGCCGCCAUACUUGGAGCCGUGCCUCAGCCAGUACGUGCGGAAACCGUUCGAUUUCUCAUCACCAUAUCCCUUCCUGCUGGUGAAUAUCGGGAGCGGGGUCUCCAUGCUAGUAGUCAGUUCGCCCUAUGACUAUUGCCGAGUCAGUGGGACCAGCCUGGGUGGUGGGACAUUCCUCGGUCUCUGUUGCCUGCUCACCGGCUGCAGCAGUUUCGAGGAAGCCAUCGCGUUGGCGGCCUCGGGCGAUAACACGACCGUCGACAAAUUGGUGCGAGACAUCUAUGGAGGGGAUUACGAGAGGUUCGGGCUGAGAGGGGAUUUAGUCGCGAGCAGCUUCGGAAACAUGUGUUCGGCCGAUCGUCGUGCGAAGGUCUCCCGCGAAGACCUGGCUCGGGCUACUCUGGUCACCAUCACCAACAACAUUGGCUCCAUUGCGCGGCUCUGCGCGUCCAACCAGAAUAUACAGCGGGUCGUGUUUUGCGGCAACUUCCUCCGAGUGAACCCUCUGUCGAUGAAGCUGUUGAGCUACGCCAUGUCCUACUGGUCCAAGGGGGCUUUGAAGGCGCUGUUCUUGGAACAUGAAGGGUACUUUGGCGCUGUGGGCUGUCUCCUCCAUUACGACAGUAAAAACGAUAAACAAAACUGCACAGACAACGCUCAGACGGAUAGGUGAAUCUGUAGCCUUAUAUAGGGUGUUUUGUUAUUUGAAAACCGGUUAAAAUAUCAAAUAAAUUGUUUACACAGGUAUAACAAAACACUUGUGAAUAAUGAUAUUAUAAUACUGUAAAUACUUAGAGCCAAGCACGAGUUUUAUCGUCUCCAUAACGUUUUGAUAACGUUUGCGAAAAAAAUUAAUCUAUAAGUAGAUUAUGAAUAUCAAAAACAUUUUAAAUAGACAAUGGUGGACUUGAGAAAAUCAAAUUCAAGCUCUAGGAUCAUUUGAUCGGUUCAUGGGCAGCGGUAUCACUUAACAUCAGGUGAGCCUGCUGCCCGUUUGCCCUUAUUUAAAAAGACAUGUGUGUGUACUUAUGUACACGCCUUAGAAGUUAUACUGCUU